AUGGGAGGAGGAAUAAAUCAAACAUUUGUGACAGAAUUCAUCAUCUUGGGAUUCCCCAGCCUGAAAAAGUUCUACCCUUUCAUGUUCCUGCUUUUCCUAUUAAUCUAUACAUUCACAGUUACGGGCAACAUCAUCAUUUUUAUUGCUGUACUAACAAACUAUAAACUGCAAAUCCCUAUGUUUUAUUUCCUCAACCAUCUUUCUGCUAUGGAAAUAUGGUACACGUCAGUCAUUGUACCUAAGAUGUUGUCUAGAUUUGUGACAGACAAUGGGGCAAUAUCUUUUAAAAAUUGUAUGAUUCAAUUGUAUUUAUUCAGCUCUCUUGGGGCUUCUGAGUGUUACCUACUAACUGCAAUGGCAUACGAUCGAUAUCUGGCUAUUUGUAGUCCUUUGCAUUAUUCUUCCAAAAUGACUAACUUGACCUCCCACCAGUUGGCCUCUGGUGCUUGGAUCGGUGGCUUCAUUUCUCCCAUCCUCCCAGUUGUAUUAAUCUCAAGGCUUGUCUUUUGUGGUCCUAACCAAAUUAACUAUUUCUACUGUGAUGCUCAACCUCUUCUCAAACUUUCUUGCAGCAGUACCCGGUUUACAGAGACAGCCAUUUCUCUAUUGGCUACUGGCCUAAUAUUUAGCUCCUUUCUCCUAACUGUCCUCUCCUACAUAUUUAUUAUUUCCACUAUUUUACGAAUCCACUCAGCCAUUGGAAGAAAAAAAGCCUUUUCUACAUGUGCCUCUCACCUAACUGUUGUGAUGAUUUAUUAUGGUACAAUAACAGCCAUGUACAUGCAACCCAUGUCUAAAUUCUCAUUAGAUAUCAACAAAGUGUUAUCUUUACUGUAUACAGUUGUGACUCCUAUGUUGAAUCCCAUUAUCUACAGCUUGAGGAAUAAAGAGAUGAAGGACUCUGUGACAAAGUUCUUCAAAAGGAUAAAGAAGGGAAAAGACAAUAAAUAA